UCAAAGAGUGAUGCGCCAAUUUUUCCCGGGAUGCUCUGCGUAGCUAGUCGUUCCCAAGAUGGCGGAGUCGUCUGUGCUUCCUGAUGACUCCUGGAAUAAAUCCGACCCUGCCUACUGUGACAAUGGAUUUGACCCCACAUUCUUUUCAGAAAGGACCAGAAAGGGAAGCAUCGUUUCUAGAGCAAAUAGCAUUGGAUCCACAAGUGCCUCUUCUGUACCAAACACAGCAGAGUACAUGACAGACAAUGAUUGUUCUUCAACUGCAGAUGAUGAAGACAGCGAUUAUAGGCACGAAGCCUCCUAUCCAGAGUCCUACAAAGAUCGGCGGCGGCAGGCACACACGCAGGCAGAGCAGAAGAGGCGGGAUGCCAUCAAGAAAGGCUACAGUGAUUUGCAGUCAAUAGUACCAACUUGCCUGCAACAGGACCCCCUUGGAUCACAGAAAAUGAGCAAAGCAACCAUUUUACAAAAGACCAUUGAUUAUAUCCAGUUUUUACAUAAAGAGAAGAAAAAACAGGAAGAGGAACUUUCAACACUCAGGAAAGAGGUUUUAGGAUUGAAGAUCAUGAAAGCAAACUAUGAGCAGAUUGUGAAGGCACACCAGAACAACCCUCACCAAGGACGUGAUCAAGUGUCUGACCAGAUGAAGUUUAAUGUGUUUCAAGGGAUCAUGGACUCUCUUUUUGAGUCAUUCAAUGCCAGUAUUUCAGUGACAAACUUCCAGGAGCUGUCUGCUUGCAUUUUCAGUUGGAUUGAAGAACACUGCAAGCCACAGACUCUUCGGGACAUUGUGCUAGGAGUUCUCAGUCACUUAAAUGGACAACUGUACUGAAUUUCAACAGCCAUCGGGAGAUGAUUAAGACCUUUUGAGGCACAGUUUGCUCAGUUUUCCUUUUUAGUUGUAAUCCUUUAUUAUUCUAAAAUGCUGAGAAAAAAUUCAGACAUCAGAUUAAGUGUUUUAAAAUGCUGGAGCACAGAUGUGUACUUAUUCAUAGAUACCUGCAGACACAAUAUAGCUGUGUUCGUGUUACUGCUUAGCCUCCUGUCACUACAUAUCACAAAUCCCAUAGUUCUGGGAUGUGAAUCUUUAAAUUUCUGUUCACACAUUUUAGCAUGAUAUCUUGAUGUUAGUGUACAAAUAAAUUUAUAGACAACUUUAUACAUUUAGAUGUUAAAAUAUAUUAAAGGCUUGUGUUCAUUUAAAAAAUGCUGUUCAGGUUUACACAUUUUAUUCAGUUAAAACAGUGGAGAAGUCUAAGAAGCUGAGAUGAUUUACAAACAUCUCUUGUAGCUUAGAUGAUUUUAACAACUUACAAAGUUGAUUAUAAAUUCUCCACUCUGAAACUGCAAAAAAAUACUUUGCAGUUGUAUUUUCUCAGGACUGCUGUCAUAAUUUGAGAAAAUGAGGGAUAAUGCAUUUGCCCGAGUCUGCUACCGCUGAAGGUGAAGCACUUUAAGAUUAGCGCUCUACACAAACUGCAGUUUGGGUGAUGUGUUCAGACAGCAAUAGUGCAAUUCCUUUCUACUUUAAUUCCAAAGUUUGCAGGACAAGGGGAGAAGAUAAUUCUUUACAUUGCGAAAGCAAAAUGAGAAGGGUGAGCCUUGUUUUGUCUUAGAAAUCGAGUUCGAUAUCUGCCUCAUGUGUUUCUUACCUACCUCUAAUUUUUACUUUAGCAAACUAUAAUUCACACCACUCUUAUUGAUUGAUCUCUAUUAGGUCUAUCCACUAGGCUACUUUUGCACUUUGCAAAUGUUAACCCUCCAUUUAUUAUCUUGUCUCCCAGUCCCUCAUCGUCAAACUACUUAACACUAUAGUGAAUUUAAGCACAGAAUUGACAAGUCAUCUUAAAUACUUUUAAACACAAACCUUAAAAUUGCCUUUAGAUUUCCUUUCUGUAUGCAGUCCUAAUUGAGGAAAAGUUUAAAAAUAAAAGUAAUAAAGCACCUCAUUCUGAUGUGUUUACAAGAGUACAGUGAAACUAUUUCUCAGUCGGUGCAUGUGUUAGUACUUAUGAGUAAAAGUAAUAGCAUAGUUGCCUUAUAAAUGUAAUGUGUACAAAGUAAGCUGCAUAUAUAUAUAUAUAUAUGUGUGUGUGUGUGUGUGGAGUUUUCUUUUUUUAUAUAUACUGCCAGAAAGAUUUCAGUGCUGCUUUUAUUUAUAAUCUCAUUUUACUAUUUCGAAAAAGGGUCACUGUUUCUUUGCCCUCAGGUACAAUGAAAAAAUAUUUUUGUAUUAAGUGUAAUUAAAGAUUUAAAUAAAUGUG